UGAAUUUUUAAUAGAGCUAGGGGCUUUGUCCUUUGGAACAUGCAAGAGCCGCAGCCCCUUGAAGACGCCAAUUAUUUGUGGUGUGAGUAUAAGACAAGUGCGCUCAUUCGGUUUCGGUCACAGUCUCACAGAACUUCCUGAAAAACAUUUCCAAAACACACUACUCACUCCUUGGAGCACUUUAUUAAGAUAGGAGAAUGGGGAGCGAAAAGAGCGCAAGCGGCAGCGGCGGCGGCGGCGGAGCUCAUGUUCUGGCCAUACCAUACCCAUCCCAAGGACACAUAAACCCCAUGCUCCAAUUCUGCAAGCGCCUCGUCUCCAAAGGCCUGAAGGCCACCCUCGCCAUCACCACCUUCCACUCCAAUUCCUCCACGGCCCCCCUCUCCGGCGGCCCCGUCGGAAUCGACACGUUUUCCGACGGCUGCGACGAGUCCGGCUUCGCCCAGGCGGCCAGCGUCUCCGACUACCUGAGCCGCCUGGAGGCCGCCGGGUCGAGGAGCCUCGCCGAGCUCCUCCACAAGUACGAAAAGUCCGGGUCUCCGGUCGCCUGCGUCGUCUACGACGCGUUCCUCCCGUGGGCUUUGGAGGUGGCCAAGAAGUACGGCGGCGGCGUUUCGGCGGCUGCCUUUUUCACCCAGGCGUGUGGGGUUAAUUACGUGCUGUAUUGCGUGCACAGUGGGAGGCUGGAGCUGCCGGUGGCCGCGCCGCCGGUGAACAUUCCGGGGCUGCCGCCGCUGGAUCUGCAGGACAUGCCGUCGUUCAUUUACCACCACGGGUCUUAUCCCGCUUAUUUCGAGAUGGUUUUGCAGCAGUUCCGGAAUGUGGACAAGGCUGAUUUCGUUUUCGUUAACUCUUUCUAUAAGCUGGAGGCAGAGGUAGUGGAUAUGAUGUCAAAAAUGAGUCCAUUUCUAACAAUUGGGCCGACGAUUCCAUCUCUCUACUUAGACAACCGGGUCCACAACGACACCGAAUACGGGCUAAGCCUCUACCCGUUGGACCAAUCAACAAGCAUUAUCGAGUGGCUCAACACAAAACCGGCCGGCUCAGUUGUCUACGUAUCAUUCGGGAGCAUGGCGGCCCUAGACCGGAACCAGAUGGAGGAACUCGCGUGGGGCUUGCACAACACAAACGCUCCCUUCCUAUGGGUCGUGAGGCACUCGGAAACCUCCAAGCUCCCGAGUGGCUUCGUCGAAACCCCUAGUAAGGGUAUAGUUGUGACCUGGAGCCCACAGCUUCAGGUCCUGUCCCACAGAGCCGUGGGGUGUUUCUUCACCCACGGCGGGUGGAACUCGACCCUCGAGGCGCUGAGCCUCGGGGUGCCGAUGGUGGCGAUGCCGCAGUGGACCGACCAGACAAUGAACGCGAAGCUGAUAGUGGACGUGUGGAAGGUCGGUCUGCGGGUUGGGGUUGGGGAGAAUGGGGUGGUGGGUAGGGAGGAAGUGGAGAGGUGCGUUAGGGAGGUGUUGGACGCGGAGGAAGGGAAGGAAAUGAAGGAAAAUGCAGGGAAAUGGAGUGAGCUUGCUAAGGAGGCUGUGAGUGAGGGUGGAACUUCUGAUAGAGCCAUUGAUGAAUUUGUAUCAAGCUUAAUGAUGAGCUCCUCCAACAAGGCUUGAUAACUUGGUUGUUCCAAUUCGAUGGCAUGUACGUCUAAGUGUGUAGGUGCAGUGUGCACCUUUUAUUUAUUUAUUUAUGAUUGUAUGUUGACAACAAAAUCAGGGCCGGUCCUGAGGAUUCAUCAGCCUGGGCCGAAGCAGAAAAAAGGCCCUAAGAGUCUUAUCAUUA